UAUUAACUACUCCAGCUGUGCUCCUCAAAAACUCUUCUUUUUAAUCUUGUACUCCUCCUUCCUUAGUGCUGCACCCAUUCAAACUUUCUUUCUCUUUCUCUUUAAUGGCUGCAGUUGCUCCAACCAAAUCAGGAGAACCUUCACAGUUUCUCAAAUACAAUACUUGGGUUCUUAAAGUUCCUAUUCAUUGUCUUGGUUGCAAGAGAGAAGUUAAGAAGCUUCUUCAGCGCAUCGAUGGAGUUUACAGCACAACUAUUGACUCACAGCAGCAGAAGGUAACAGUAAGUGGAAACAUUGACUCAGAAAUUCUGGUUAAGAAGUUACAGAAAACAGGCAAACAUGCAGAGAUAUUGAAUGAAAAACCACUUGAAAACUCCAAGAAAAAUGAAAAACAAACUACCCAAAUAGAAAAUCAAACACCCCAAAAAAAUGAAAUCAAGAAAAUGAAAUCUAACAAGAAGGGAAAUCAGAUUCAGAGUCCCAAACCUGCACAAGAAGAUACAGGAAAUGGAGGAAAGAUGAAGAAGGGUAAAGAGAAAAAAGGGGGUUCUACGCAUUUGGAUAACUUGCACACGCCUAAAACCACCCCUUGUGUUAACAACGCAGGAUUUCAGAAUAUCAAUCUCAACCCUCCAUUUGAACAGUUGACUUCAUUGAUGUCAAAUCAAGGGCCAGCAACUAUUCAUAUGAUGAACUACAAUACAACAUACAAUCCUAAUACAUAUGGGUAUGGUGUUACUUAUCAAAUACCAGCAUCACCUUACAUUUACACUCCUCUAAAUGAGCAGUUGGGGGGUUACCAAGUGCAGGCUUCCUCAUUCAAUUCCUUUGAUAUUUUUAGUGAUGAAAAUCCCAAUGGCUGUUCUGUUAUGUAAUCAAUUAUCUAUCCUAAGCUUUUUUUUUGUCCAAUAAAUUUUGUGUUCCAACAAGUAAGAACCAUCCUUUGUUAUUGGUGUCCUUAAAGUGAAUAGUGUCCCUUAUGAUUUGUAGGACAUGCUAUCUUAAGGGCUUGUGGCUACUCCUAUUUGGUUAGAUAUGGAGGAAAAGAAACCAAGGGAAUCUCUUGUAAAUGUAAGACUAAAGGAACUUAUCAUGUUGAGUCCACUUUUUGCUUGGGUCGAUCAGAAAUAAUUUUGUCGUUUAAGAGCGAAACACUUUGAAUUAUUGGGAUAAUGUAAUAUUUUGUAGUCUUAUGUACACUUGGUAUGAAUAACUUUUCUAGUCU